AUGAUGGAGGUAUUGAAUCAUCUCUCUACUCUCCUCCUCCUCUCUCUCCUUCCUCCUUCUCUCUCUCAUGUAGUGGGGAAGUUCAGCGAAGUUAAAGAUUGUGAAAAGUUCUUCGUGGAGAGAACAACUCCAAAUAUCCCAGGUAUUUUGGUUGGUGGCAAAGUCCAGGACCAGAACCGCUACAAACCGAUUUGCCAGAAGUACAAAAGCGAAUACAGGUUUGCAACUCUCUACGACACGACCAACAAGAUCCCUGUGUUCUCAGCCUACACCUUCACCGGUCCUCCUACGGACAACAGACCAAAUCCACCCUGGAUGAUCGAGCCCCAGGUAGGCUUAAUGUUUUGUCAUAUAACACAACAUUUGUAUAUGUUAACUGUCUGUGAUAUAUAGCAGUAAUGUUAACAGAAUAUAGAACUACCACUAUAGAGGGUAUAGAGACUUGAUUGACUGUCUUGAUUGUGGAUCGUAACCCCCCCCCCCCCCCCAAAAAAAAAGAGUGUUUAUUGUACAGAAAAGUUGUGAAUGAAUGUAUGAUUGGAUUGUAUGAAAGGGUUGUUAAAUGGUAGAAUAAAGAAAGUGUGUGUGUGUGAGAUAAGGCUGUUUCUACUGUGAUAACCGUGUCAUUGAGAAGGUCAACCACCCACAUUUCUUGCAGCUCAACAACAACCCUGAAAUGAUGGUGGAUCAUCAAUACCAGGCUGAGAACAACGACUAUAUGGACUCAAAAGAAAAAGGGGUGAACAGAGGUCACCUCUUUCCAAGUUCACAUGCGCAUGACCUUGAAACUCAGAAGUCCACCUUUACCUUGACCAACAUCGUUCACCAGGUGGUGUCCUUCAACAGUGGCAGCUGGAACACAAUGGAGAGGAGUGUCUCUGAAAUGCUUCAGAAGGACUGUAUUAAUAGCAGGACCGGGAAGAUAAACGCCUAUGUGGUGACUGGAGCAGUGCCCAGUGAACACAAAACACUGAAGAACCGAGUGAACAUCCCAUCUCUCCUGUGGACAGCCUACUGCUGUAAAAACAACCAGGGACAGUGGGUGGCCAAAGCACACUGGGGUGAGAACCAGAAGGAGGGGGAAGGGAAAACAUUGAGAACUGAAAGCUUGGGAGCACUCGAAAACAAGUUGAAAAAAGGUGGUAGUGUCCAGGUGUUCCCAAAUAGGUGUCCAAGAGUUCUUAACCCAACCAAUACCCCUAACCCAUCCUCCUGA